GGCUUUGCCACUUUUAUUGAGCUAGUGGAUGUCUUCUGCUACAAUAUCUGUCCCCUUAUUACUCACAGAUGAUUUUUAGCGUUUGUGUUCUUGUUCAAGUUUAAUUUCAUACAUGGGCCAGGCCUAGCAGUGGCGGACUAUGUUGCUCGGACUCUUCAAAAAUAUCAACGGGUGCGUGUCGGAUUUGCCAAAGCUAGUAUAUUUUUGGAGAAUCCGAUUUGGGUGUAGCAUCGAAAGCGAAGAGUCCUCACAACUUAGGUGGUGGAUACAAGAUUUUCACUAAGAGGGUUCGGUUGAACCCGUUCCGCCCAUCUAGCUUCUGCCUUGGGGCUGGUUACAAUGCAUUUCCUUAACCUUCUGGUUACAUAAUAUUGAAGGGGAGCCUCGGAGUAACUGGUAAAGUUGCUGUCAUGUGACCAGAAGGUCACGGGUUCAAGCCUUGGAAACAGCCUCCGGCUGAAAUGCAAGGUAAGGUUGCGUACAAUAUACCCUUGUGGUGGUGCCCUUCCCCGAACCCUGCGCAUAGUGGGAGCUUUGGUGCACCGGGCUUCCCUUUUUCUGUUCUUUCUUCAGAUCUCAUAAUUGCAGUUUUUACUUUUUAACUGCAAUUAAAACAAAAACCACACCUACUUCUUUUCAUUUCACAUUUUUUCUUUCCCCAUGUCAACACUUCCCAUGCUGCAUUUGCAUUUAUUCCUCAUUUUCACUCACUUUAUACACAUCAUAAAUUGAGUCCAUUUACUAUCACUUUAUACAAAAUCAUUUUCAAAUGUUCAAAUUUUCUGUUAGAGAAAUGAGUUUCCAUCUUGUUACUACCAUAGUCUUUACUUUAUCUAUGUCAUUUUUUGUACUACUAUUAGCCUUAUUCAUCAAUGACCAAUUCAAGAAGAUUGUUAUCUAUGAAGAUAUCUACUUGCCUCAUCAAUCACCAAUCUACAAUCUCUCCAUCAUCUCUACACAUCUUGUUUGCAACACUAGUUCCAAUAGGAGCGUGGCGUUGAAUGACUGGCUCUCUCCUAAGGGUGUUUGGCACUCGAUGAGCGAUGAAGAACUCAUGUGGAGAGCUUCAAUGGUACCUCAAAUUGAGAAGUACCCGUUUAAUCGAAUCCCAAGAGUGGCAUUCUUGUUCUUAACAAGAGGAAGAUUGCCAUUGGCACCUCUUUGGGAGAUGUUCUUUAAAGGACAUGAAGGGUUGUUCUCAAUAUACCUUCAUACUUCACCAGAUUUCAACUAUGAACCUCCUCCAUCUUCUGUGUUUUAUCAAAGAAGGAUACCCAGCCAGG